AUGGAAGACCACGAGACGAGCGGCCUCGGUGCGACGGCGAGCCCCCUCGGCGAGCCUCUUCUCACGGCCACCGGGAAGCGGGUUGUUGACCGCGACACCGAGGCGCAGCUCCCUCCGUAUCGCAGCGCCGGCGCCUCCUUCUCCAGGGCGUGCCUGAACCUCACCAACGCCGUCUCGGGCGUCGGGGUGCUCGCCAUGCCCUACGCGGUGUCGCGGGGCGGGUGGCUCAGCCUGGCGCUCUUCGCCCUCGUCGGCGCCGUCUGCUACUACACCGGCACGCUCAUAGCGCGCUGCAUGCGCGCCGACGGCUCCGUGGCCACCUACCCGGACGUCGGCCAGCUGGCAUUCGGCGCCGCCGGCCGGAGAACCGUCGCCCUGUUCAUGUACGUGGAGCUCUACCUCGUCGCCGUCAGCUUCCUGGUCCUUGAGGGCGACAACCUCGAUAAGCUCUUCCCCGGCGCCGGCGUGGAGCUGCUCGCUGGCUACCGGCUGCGCGGGAAGCAGUUGUACAUCGUCCUGGCCGGCGCCGUCGUGCUGCCCACCACCUGGCUCAAGAACCUCGGCGUGCUCGCCUACGUGUCGGCGCUCGGGCUCGUCGCGUCGGCGGCCUUGACGGUGUCGCUCGUCUGGGCCGGCGUCUCCGAAUCCGGUUUCCGCGGGAGCGGCAACGUCCUCAACCUCGCCGGCCUGCCCACCUCCCUCGGCCUCUACUUCGUCUGCUUCGCCGGCCAUGCCGUCUUUCCAACGAUAUACUCGUCCAUGAAGAACCGCGAGCGCUUCUCCCAAGUGCUGCUCUUCUCCUCGGCGCUCUGCAGUCUCAACUACGGACUCACGGCGGUGCUGGGCUACCUCAUAUACGGCGACGACGUGCGGUCGCAGGUGACGCUCAACCUGCCAUCAGGGAGGCUCUACACCAAGAUCGCCAUCGUCAUGACUCUCAUCAACCCGCUGACCAAGUACGCGCUGCUCGUCGCGCCCAUCACGUCGGCGAUCGAGGAGAGGUUCUCGCUUGCGGGGAGUGGGUCGGCGAGGGUGGCCGUCAGCACCACCGUUCUCGUGAGCACGGUCGUGGUGGCGUCCAUUGUGCCCUUCUUCGGGUUCCUCAUGUCCUUCAUCGGUUCCUUCCUCAGCGUCAUGGCCACAGUCUUCUUCCCCUGCCUCUGCUACCUCAAGAUCUACAGAGCCAAAGGCCUACGCCGGGUCGAGGUCGCGGCAAUCGUCGCCAUCCUGCUGCUAGGGGCGUUCGUUGCCAUCACUGGCACCUAUACUUCUUUGCUGGACAUCAUAGCCACUUGA